AUGGGGGUAGCCAGCCAGUGUAGUUUUCAUGAAGAUGUUUUCCUGCCUGUUGCUCUUAUUUACCAAUGUCUUCACUAUCUCCUCGUUUUCUUUCCCAUAGGCAGGAAGCGGAACCCUGGGUUGAAGAUUCCAAAAGAAGCAUUCGAGCAACCUCAGACCAGUUCAGCACCUCCUCGUGAUUUAGAUUCCAAGGCUUGCAUCUCAAUUGGAGAUAAGAAUUUUGAAGUGAAGGCUGAUGACUUGGAGCCUAUAGUAGAACUGGGACGAGGUGCUUAUGGGGUGGUGGAGAAAAUGCGACACAUGCCUAGUGGGCAGAUCAUGGCAGUGAAGCGAAUCCGAGCAACUGUGAAUAGCCAGGAACAGAAGAGGCUACUGAUGGACCUGGAUAUUUCCAUGAGGACAGUGGAUUGCCCUUUCACAGUCACCUUUUAUGGUGCACUCUUUCGGGAGGGUGAUGUGUGGAUCUGUAUGGAACUCAUGGAUACCUCACUGGAUAAGUUCUACAAACAAGUCAUUGAUAAGGGCUUAACAAUCCCAGAGGACAUCUUAGGGAAAAUUGCAGUUUCUAUUGUAAAAGCCCUAGAACAUUUACACAGUAAACUUUCUGUCAUUCAUCGAGAUGUUAAGCCAUCUAAUGUAUUGAUCAAUACACUAGGUCAAGUGAAGAUGUGUGAUUUUGGUAUUAGUGGUUACCUGGUGGACUCUGUGGCCAAAACUAUGGAUGCAGGAUGUAAACCCUACAUGGCUCCUGAAAGAAUAAAUCCAGAACUAAACCAGAAAGGGUACAAUGUGAAAUCUGACAUUUGGAGCUUGGGCAUCACAAUGAUUGAACUGGCAAUCCUUAGGUUUCCCUAUGAUUCCUGGGGGACACCAUUUCAGCAGCUCAAGCAGGUGGUGGAAGAACCAUCACCUCAACUUCCAGCAGACAAGUUCUCAGCAGAGUUUGUUGACUUUACCUCACAGUGCUUGAAGAAGAAUUCCAAAGAACGGCCAACAUAUGCAGAACUUAUGCAACAUCAAUUUUUCACUCUGCACGAAUCCAAAGCAACAGAUGCAGCAUCUUUUGUAAAACUGAUUCUUGGAGACUAAAAACCAUUGGACUCAAUCACUUGACCCUCCUGUGGAUUGGUGGGUUUAGGGGGUGGAUCUUCUUCACUAAAGCAUCAAUAGAAACUUGGCAUUGAGAUGAUGCUAUUUUUUUAACCCUGCCUCUCCGAAGGUUGUUUGUUUAUUUUUAUUAUUUUUCCUAAAUGGGUCUUGGAAUCUAUAGUGUAUAGAAUGAACUGUCUAGUCAGAUGAAAUUUAAAGCUCAGACUUUACAACUUUGAAAAGGUGAUUAAAUAUUUA